AUGGCUAUGGUGGCGUGGAGAAACACGGAGGGCGUCGGGGACCCCCAGGGGACCCUCUCCUCCCCGGUGUCCCAGGUCGCGCCUCUGUCUCUGUCCGGGGAGAUGACGGGACACAUGAACCCGGCGCCAUCUCUGGAUUUACCCCCGGCGGCUCCCCAGGGCGCACCGCAGCCCAACCCGUCCGGCGCCGCCACCGCGACCACCACCAACAUCAACACCUCCUCUUCCUCCUCCUCCUCCUCGUCCAUGGACAAGCAGCAGAGCCAGGUAAUCGAGUGCAUCGUGUGCGGGGACAAAUCCAGCGGGAAGCACUACGGACAGUUCACUUGCGAGGGAUGUAAGAGCUUCUUCAAGCGCAGCGUCAGGAGGAACCUGAGCUACACCUGCAGGGCCAACAGGAGCUGCCCCGUGGACCAGCACCACCGCAACCAGUGCCAGUACUGCCGCCUCAAGAAAUGCCUGAAGGUCGGCAUGAGGAGGGAAGGUACGCGCUGGCAUCCUCCUCUUGUUGCUCUGGCUGUCCAGCGAGGCAGGAUUCCCACCCAGUCCUACCACGGCCAGUUCGCCCUGACGAACGGAGACCCCCUGCAGUGUCACUCCUACCUGUCGGGAUACAUCUCCCUGCUGCUGCGGGCCGAGCCCUACCCGACCUCCAGGUUCGGCUCUCAGUGUCUGCAGAGCAACAACAUCAUGGGCAUCGAGAACAUCUGCGAGCUGGCGGCCCGCAUGCUCUUCAGCGCCGUGGAGUGGGCCCGCAACAUCCCCUUCUUCCCGGACCUGCAGGUUCCGGACCAGGUGGCGCUGCUCCGCCUCACCUGGAGCGAACUGUUCGUGCUGAACGCCGCCCAGUGCUCCAUGCCCGUGCACGUGGCCCCGCUGCUGGCCGCCGCCGGCCUGCACGCCUCGCCGAUGUCCGCGGACCGGGUGGUGGCCUUCAUGGACCACAUCCGGGUCUUCCAGGAGCAGGUGGAGAAGCUGAAGGUGCUGCACGUGGACUCUGCGGAGUACAGCUGCAUCAAGGCCAUCGUUCUGUUCACCACAGAUGCUUGUGGUCUCUCGGAUGUGGCCCAUGUGGAGGGUCUGCAGGAGAAAUCCCAGUGCGCUUUGGAAGAGUACGUAAGGAGCCAGUACCCCAACCAGCCCACCAGGUUUGGGAAGCUGCUGCUCCGCCUGCCUUCCCUCCGCACUGUCUCGUCUUCUGUCAUAGAGCAGCUUUUCUUCGUGCGUCUGGUGGGGAAAACCCCCAUAGAGACUCUGAUAAGGGACAUGCUGCUGUCUGGCAGCAGCUUCAACUGGCCUUACAUGCCCAUUCAGUAG